ACUAUACCUUUACGUUAACCAUAGAGCCGCAUUAACACAUCAACAUGAAACGAGGCGGACUCAUCUUAAUAACGUGUCUCCUACAAACCGUUUUAGGAGUUAAGGUCAAAGUAAUAAUGCAUUCUGAUCAAGAAGACUCGAGAGUUGAGGAAGAUGAAACGCAAACUGAGUCAUGGGACUCGAGGAAGAAAGUCGAAAUAACUAUGCUGCCGUUCCUAAAGAAAUCCCACAGGGCCAAGCAAAUAGAUUUUGAGGACGAGAAACUAACUGAGAAGCCAAAGCAGAUGCAUCCGAACGAAAUGUUGUUCCCGUUAAUAUAUCGUCAGAAUCAUAUAAACAGCAUGUUCAAGUUCGGCGAGAAUUGGUACACUUGGUCGACCGAGAAACGGACGGACGGGUCGAAGGCAGUUAAUUAUUACAUUUGUUACGAUGAACCGAAGCACUGCGACGAAAUUGGAUGGGAGCGAACGGACACAAUACCAAAAUGCGCGUUCCAAAUAGAGGCGCUCACUCCUGACGACCGCGCCUGUAUCAACGGCUUCGGUGUCGAGUCUCACACUAACUCCGCAUGCGACGGUGGAGAACAAAUGAAGGUAAGUGAGAUAGUACGCUCGUGCGGGCCAAGGAUCCGUUCGCUAUGGCGCUUCAUACGCGUAGGACGCCGACCCACCAGCGCUGUUAAACCAGCCGACGUCAACUCGCUCGUCUGUGAGGACGAAGACGAAUGCUAUCUCAGUGUAGAAUAUAGGAUUCAUCACGACAGAAUAACAUUCUCGCUGCACGAACCCAGCCGUGGCCAGACGUUCAAGAGUGCUUUAAAACGUGAUAUUAUGAGCGAAGACAAUAAGGCGACUGUCAUAGAAAGCCAUACGAAAUCCGCACAUAGAGGAAAAAAAGUAGAAAUCACGAAGAAUAAGAAAAACCACAUGAGGACCAGAAAAGUAGCGGAAGGGAAGGGGGUAGUGAAGGAAAGAGAUAAUUCAGAAUACACCAACCGGAGGCAGGAAAAGAAUAAAAUUAAAAUAAGAGAGGACAUUUCUGAAGAUGUAUCUGAAUAAAAUUUAUAAUAAAAACUAAUAUU